ACAGGAGUUACCGUUCCUCCCAAUAUGGCAGCCUCCAUGCUAAAAAAUUAUGGACGGGUAUGUAAACACUUGACAAAGGUAGACGGCUCCUGUUUAACCCAACAGAUCAGGACCAAAUUUAUACAAAGAUACAGAGGUCUACCACCAGAACUUGCAAAAACAUGGAAACAAAAGAAAGAAGAAAUAGAGAGGAUCCCUCCAGAAGAAAAUAUGGCAGUAAAUAUUGGAUUGGUUUCAAAUGCCGCAAACCCAAAAUUGACAAGAAAAUGUCUGCGCAAAAUGAAAACUGAACGAAAUCUCGAAGAACUUGAGAGAAAGUCAAGGUUGAAUGAAUUGGAAAUACCAAUUGAGGAAAUGAAAGAACAGGAUUUUGAAGGUGGUGGGCAGCAAAGGAUUCACAGUCUGGCAAGCCAUUAUGGAAUAUUUAGGGACCUUUUUGGAGAUGCAUACUUUUAUCCAAAAGUAAAUUUGAAGGUUGGAUAUUCUAUAGAAGGGGAAGAAGAUAUGGUUGACCCUGUCUUUCAUGGAAAUACUCUUCUUCCAGAAGAGACAAGUAGGGCACCAUGUGUGCACUACAAGGGAGAGCCAGAUAAGCUUUACACACUCUGUAUGACAGCACCAGACAGUCAUCUAGAGAAUAAUUCCAAGGAGUAUCUACACUGGAUGGUAUGUAAUAUACCAGGGUCUUUUGUGGAUGCAGGAAAAACUGUCAGUGAUUAUUUACCUAUAUUCCCAGUACAUGGUACUGGUUACCAUAGAUAUGUGUUCAUUCUGUAUCAACAAGAUCAGCCAGUCUUUUUCUCAAUUCAACAGACGUCCAGAAAUAGCACCUCACUAGCAGAGCGAACCUUUGACACCCUAGAGUUUUACAGGAAGUACCAAAAGGUGAUAACUCCAGUUGGUGUAUGCUUCUUUCAGGCCGAGUGGGACCAGUCUGUCAGAAAUGUGUUCCAUAAUGUGUUGGAUAUGAAUGAACCGAGGUUUGAGUUCCUACCUCCAGCAGAAGCUGUGCCCAAGCAGGAAUUAUGGCCAAUAAGGGAACCAUUCAAUGUGUACCUGGAUCGUUACCGAGAUGUGAAGGAUAUAGGAGAGGAAGUGUUGAGAGAGAAGUUGCGCACAGCAGAUCCUUUCAAACCAAGAACAUUACCACGAAAGUUUCCCAAUGUGUAUACGCUACCUAAAGACACUCCUUCCUGGCUACGAAUGAAAAUACAUGAACAAAAACUUAGAAAGUCAUAUUGGAAGGAUUUGGAUGAUUAGUAUUAGAUUUUUUGCAUAGACUUUGUUUGAAUAAAAGUAUGAUUAUAAUA